GGGCCCCGCAGGGCCUCGGGCGGGCCGGGUUGUGUGCCGGACCCCCCCGCCAGAGCUGGCCUGCUGCGGGGCGAGCUGGACAGAUUCGGGGGCGUCUCUGUGCGCCUGGCGCGGCUGGACCGCGUGGACACGGCCACCUUCCAGAGGGCCCUGCAGGCUGCAGUGCAGCAGUGGAGAUCAGAAGGUAGAGUAGCGGCAUGGCUGCACAUCCCCAUCCUGCAAAGCCGAUUCAUUGCCCCGGCUGCUGCCCUGGGCUUCUGCUUUCACCACGCAGAAUCGGACUCAUCCACGCUGGCCUUGUGGCUGGGAGACGGGCCCAGCCGACUCCCAGGAUACGCUACCCAUCAAGUGGGAGUUGCAGGAGCUGUAUUUGAUGAAAAUACUAGAAAAAUAUUGGUUGUACAAGAUCGACAUAAAUUGAAGAAUAUGUGGAAGUUCCCAGGAGGCUUGUCGGAGCCUGGAGAAGAUAUCGGAGACACGGCAGUCCGAGAAGUCUUUGAGGAGACCGGUGUAAGGACGGAAUUCAGGUCCAUCCUGAGCCUCCGGCAACAGCACGGCGUCCCCGGAGCUUUUGGGAAGUCGGACAUGUACGUCAUCUGCCGCCUGAAGCCACGUUCAUUCAGCAUCGACUUCUGCCAGCGUGAGUGCCUGCGGUGUGAGUGGCUGGACCUCACGGACCUGGCCAGCACCGAAAACGCCACCCCCGUCACCAGCAGAGUGGCUCAGCUGCUGCUCUACGGGUUCAGGGCAGGGUUUGACAAGAUCGACCUGACCGCGGAGGAACUUCGGGCGGCUUACACAGGCAAGCUCUGCAAACUCUACCACAGGGAGCUGCCUGACAGUCACACACGAUGACGGGGCGCGCUGAAUUCCUCCUUACG